AUCCCCGACCCAAGCAUCCCCAUUCAUAUUCUACUGGUUUUUGGUUUGAGUCAUUUUGAUUCUUUUUGAAUGUGGAACCUGAUGAUGAGUUUUCUAUAAUUUGAAGGCCACCAAGUGUGUUCGAACCCACUGCAUGACACCUCCGCAGCCCAAUCAUGUGAACAUUCAUCCCAUUUGGGAUGGAAAUCCCAUCCCUUUCUUUGCCAAUGUCAGUUACGUUUGUUCCUCGUCGGGACUUUUCUUUCAAGAGGAUCGCGAUCAUCAAAGCUUCCAAAUUCAAUGUCUCGAAGGAGGACAGUUUGAUGUUCCGAAGCCUUGGCCAGCUUGUGUGAGAACGACUUAUUGCGGAGCACCUUUACCCAAACCUAUCGGCGGAACACGAGAAUGGAACGGUGAUCAGACUUUUGAAACAGAAAUCGAGUAUACCUGCGGUCCAUUUGGCCAGUUUCGGGAUCCGGUCACAAAUAGCACGUAUGAGGAGAUCAGGGUAACAUGUCAAUGGGACACAACUUGGUCCGUGCAACAAUUGGACCGAUGUGUUUAUUCUCAUUGCGAGCACAUCCCGGAGCCACCCGUCUCCUCUGGCAUAAAUUUUGUCCCAGUUCCCAGAUCAAGACUCCAACUCAUCUCUCCUCAUUCGAGAUUCACGCCUCUGGAGGAAGAAACGGUCUUGGCCACUCAACAAUUUGGCGAAAGUGACGUUUUCGUGGCUGAAGGGAUUUUAAGCAUCGACUUGAUGAGCCAAGACCAUCUUCCGUCAUUUUUUAUCACGGACAUCAACGACACAGUCGUGGCCAUGUUUAGCCUGGACCCGUAUCAGUCGAUUCUUAUCGUGCAAAGUGAUCACUUGCCGGGAACUUUGGUCCAAAUGUUCACAAGCCUUUCCGUCGGCGAGAGGUUCAAGUUGGUGGUUGGGUUUAAUCGGAAUCGAAACAAGAUGAAUAUCAAACUGAACUACGAACAAUUGGACGAUUUUGAGCUGCCAAACAACGUUGGAGAAAUCAACUUCAAAUCUGCUUAUCAUGUGGCGAAUAGAACAACCCGAUUCAUUGGUUUUGGCCAUGCAGAAAUGGACACCUUUGUUUCGAAUGGAACAACGAUCACAUAUAAAUGCCCAGAAAAUCUAUAUUUCGACUUUGAUUUGCUCCGAAAACCGUUCUACGCUUUGGAAUGCACAGACAACGGUUACUUUUUGCACACUCCGGAGAGGUGGCCGACAUGCGUGGAUCCCUUUGAGACCACCACCAUUUUAUCGACGCCGGGAAA